AUGGAUUAUAUAUUUGUUCCUAAAAAAUCAAAUAAUAGCGGUUUUGAUAUGGUAAUAUUUGAAAGAAAAGCUGAUAGAUCUGGUUACAUUGUUAUAAAUAUUGAGUGUAGGUUUUCUUAUCCAAAUAAGAAAACACUAUUAGAAAGUAACGAAAUAUUGGAUAAAUAUAAGCUUAUGCAUAAUAAAUAUCUUAUGCAUGUUAAAUAUUUACGUAAUAGAUUUAGACUGGAAUCUAAUUCAUGGGAAGAUGGAAUAUUUUAUGAUAGGUCUGCUGUAGGAAAACUUAAAAUGACUGAAGAUGAUAUUUAUUUAAUUUUUAUAGUUUGGAGAAAUAUAGGAAAGCUUAAUCAUGAUAUAUUAAAUAACAAAAAUAUAAUUAUUGUUAAAAGAGAAAAUUUGGAAAAAAUUUAUACUCCAUCACUUGUAAUACGUCCACAUUUUUAUAGCAAAAUACUUGAACAACUCAAUAAUACUUUAUAUGAAAAAUGA